UGGUCAGAAAAAACCCAAUUGAAUCCCUAGACUUAUUAUUCCUUGAAUUCUCAGAACCGGAGAUCGCCGAGGAAGCCUCAUUAUUUAUCUUCUUCAUUUUUUUCUGGUCAGAAAAUUCCCAAUUGAUGCCCCCAGACUAUUAUUCUUUGAAUUCUAUUUUUUUUUCAAUUUUUAGAUUUAUCAUAUUCAUCUCUUUUCCCCAACAGCCAUCAAUUCGACCUGGUCCAUUCUUUUUCCCACCCAAUCUUUUAGCCAUUUAAACUCUAAAGACUUUUUCCCAAAAAUUCUCUCUUAGCUUCAGAUUUUUAGAAACCCGGCUCCCAUCCAAAAAACAAGAGACAAAACCGAAAGAAAAAUUUCACCCGGAUCAUUAGCCAUUUAAACUGUCAAAACAUUUUCCUAAAAAUUCUCUCUUAACUUCACAGAUUUUUAGAAACCGGAUCCCAUCCAAAAACCAAGCGAGAAAACCGAGAGAAAAAGAUAAGAAAACAUAAAAAAAAGGAAACGAAGAGCAAAAGACAGAGGGCGGAGGAAGUUGCCGCCAUCGCCGUCAUUGUCGCCGCAAACCCAACCACCACCACGACCGUGGAAUCUGCUUGAAGGCACUAUGGGUGAUGUAGCCAAGGACUUGACUGCUGGAACUGUUGGAGGGGCUGCACAGUUGAUAGUUGGGCACCCAUUUGACACUAUCAAGGUGAAGCUUCAGAGCCAGCCACCUCCACUUCCUGGCCAGCCUCUCAGGUACUCAGGUGCCAUGGAUGCUGUCAGACAAACAUUGGCAGCUGAAGGCCCAAGAGGUUUAUACAAAGGUAUGGGAGCUCCCCUCGCCACUGUUGCAGCCUUCAAUGCAGUGCUCUUCACAGUAAGGGGUCAAAUGGAGGCUCUGGUAAGAUCUGAACCAGGUGCACCACUUUCUGUGAACCAGCAAGUUGUUUGUGGGGCAGGAGCUGGAGUUGCUGUGUCAUUCCUUGCCUGCCCUACUGAAUUGAUAAAAUGCAGGUUGCAAGCUCAGAGUGCAUUAGCAGGUUCUGGCUCGGCUGCUGUGGCAAUCAAGUAUGGAGGGCCAAUUGAUGUUGCCAGACAUGUAGUGCAGUCCGCAGGUGUGACGGGUUUGUUCAAGGGUUUAGUUCCCACCUUGGCACGUGAAGUACCAGGAAAUGCUGUGAUGUUUGGUGUUUAUGAAGCAAUUAAGCAGGUCCUUGCAGGAGGUCAAGACACUUCUAUUUUAGGGCGAGGUUCUUUAAUGUUGGCAGGAGGCUUAGCUGGGGGUUCCUUUUGGCUAUCUGUCUAUCCAACUGAUGUUGUGAAGAGCGUAAUUCAGGUUGAUGAGUACAAAAACCCCAAGUACUCUGGAAGCUUUGAUGCUAUUAGAAAGAUCUUGGCAUCAGAGGGGGUCAAAGGCCUGUAUAAGGGUUUUGGACCUGCCAUGGCGCGAAGUGUUCCUGCAAAUGCUGCUUGCUUCUUGGCAUAUGAGAUGACGAGGGCUAGUUUAGGGUAAUUGUUUCAAUUGGUACCAAAUCAAAGGGCUCAGGUGGAUAUCUGGCCAUUCUUAACUUUCACCUUGAGACUAUUCUUUUGGCAUUUGCUGGAAUUGAUGUCCCAGAAUUGUUAAUAUGUUGCUGUUAGUCAAUUUUCUCUUCAAAAAUCUCUGCAUUUCAUAAUUAUGAACUCUUCACGUGUAUGGUUUUCACAGAGGGCCUAUACUAGAGGAUCUCUACAGGAGUAUCUUAUACUCCACUGCUAUAAAACUUGUGAAUUUGAAGAUGAUAAAAUGUGUCUGAGAAUUGCAUUAAAAAGCA